AUGUUGGGCAAUAACCUUUCCACCCUCCUCGCUCUCGUCAGCGCCACACAAGUCGCUGCGGUGCCCUCAAACUGCCCACGCAGACACCCGCCGCCACCCUUCAACCCCAUCUGCCAUGUAACCCAAUACACGCAAAUCCCCGCGGCAGUAGCCGCCUGCACGCACAUCACCCUGGACAACAUCCGCGUACCCGGCAACCGCACCAUCGACCUCUCCAAGCUGCAACGUGGCGCCAAAGUAACCUUCGCGGGCACCACGUUCUGGGAGUACGCCGCAGCAAACUACCCCUUUAUAAUCGUCAGCGGCACCGACAUCGAAAUCACCGCCGCCCCCUUCGCUGUCCUCAACGGCAACGGCCCCGCAUGGUGGGAUGGGCUUGGCAGCAAUGGUGGCCGCAUCAAGCCCAACCACUUUAUCGAAGUCAAGAACGUGACUGGUUGUUCUGCCAUUCAUGAUAUCUACAUCAAGAAUUACCCUGUGCACUGCUUUUCGAUUACGAAUAGUGUGGACUUGGAUGUGUAUCGUAUUAGGCUGGAUAAUGCAGAGGGUUAUGCGCCGAAUAAUGUGUCAAAUGGGUUGGCGGCGGCGCAUAAUAGCGAUGGGUUUGGGGUCGCGAGUAGUAAGCAGGUGAGGAUUAGGGAUAGUGUGGUUGUAAAUCAGGAUGAUUGUGUUGCGGUGACGAGUGGGGAUGGUGUGGUGGUGGAUAACAUGUGGUGUAAUGGAAGUCAUGGGUUGUCGAUUGGAUCGGUUGGUGGAAAGUCGAAUAACAUCGUCAACAACAUCUCCUUUACAAACUCCAUUGUUCUCAACGCCGAGAACGGAGCAAGGAUCAAGUCAAACUCAAACACUACGGGAUCCAUUUCGAAUAUUUUGUUCAAGAAUAUCUUUCUGGAGAAUAUCUCCAUCUAUGGUAUUGAUGUUCAGCAGGACUACCUCAACGGUGGCCCAACGGGAAAGCCGACGAAUGGCGUCAAGAUCCAGAAUAUCACCAUGCAGAAUAUCUGGGGCACGGCGACGCGCGAGGGACGCAACUACUAUAUUCUGUGUGGAGAGGGAAGUUGCAGUGAUUUCACGUUUAAUAACGUGCAUGUUACGGGAGGUGGAAAGCCUAGUUCGUGCAAUUUCAGGACAAAGGGGGACUUUGACUGUGAUGGCAAGUUUGUGAGUUAG